UAGUGUGUCUUUUAAGACACACUAGAAACUCAGAAAACCAGUACUCAAACACAAAGUUCUUAAUUCAGUUUUGAAUUACAAAAUGUCUUUGCAGCACAAGUGGUUAGCCAGAUACAUUUACAGUGACACAGAAACACUGAAAGUAACAUAAAUGAAAUAGCUAGGCCUCGUUCUAUUUUGUAAUUUAACCUAGCUGAAAUAAAGCUAUUGUUGAGUUUUCUUUGUGUUUUGGCAGUGUGAGCUCUCAAACUUGGCUGCAGUUGGUUAAUGAGCCAAUAGGCUUGGUAUGUGCUGAUGAGCACUGUGGGUGGAAAGAAAGAAGGGAGAGCAGGGCAGUAAAAAUAAAUUUGGCUUUGCACUGAAGUGCUUUUAGACACGGUUUUAGGUAGUAGGCUAUUGUAUGGUAAGGCUUUCUGCAGUUUGUCAAAAAUAACUUCCCCCCAACUAUGUCAUAAACAUCUGUCAUACGCUUUAUUUAUGUGUUUUAAAAUGCACUCUGGUCUGCAAACAGGAAGACGGAUGCCUUUCAGAAUGCAUGACUUUCUUGUAUUUCUUUUAUAUUUAUGGCUACUUCACAGGUUACAUCUUGAGCUUGGUGCUUCUGACUCUGCCUCGUCAGCACCUGGUUAAACUUUACCUGUAUGUUCUUACGGCCCUGCUGCUGUUUGCUGGUCACCAAGUGUCAAGGGAUUAUGUUCGCAGUGAACUGGAUUCUGGUUAUGAAGGCCCUGUCUACCUGGAACCUCUCUCCAUGAACAGAUUCACCACUGCACUCAUAGGUCAGCUGGUGGUUUGUACACUUUGUUCCUGUGUGAUGCAAACCAAGAGGAUUUGGCUGUUCUCUGCUCACCUCCUCCCUCUAGUGGCUAGACUGUGUCUGGUCCCACUCGAGACCAUCGUCUUCAUCAAUAAGUUCUCAAUGAUCUUCACAGGCCUGGAGGUCAUUUACUUCCUGGCGUCUAACUUGCUGGUACCAUAUAACCUGGCCAAGACUGCCUACAGAGAGCUGGCUCAGGUGGUAGAAGUGUACGGGCUUCUUGCUUUGGGAAUGUCCCUGUGGAACCAGCUGGUCCUUCCAGUUCUCUUCAUGUGUUUUUGGCUCGUGCUGUUUGCUCUGCAGAUAUACUCCUACUUCAGCACAAGAGACCAGCCUACCUCCAGAGAGAGGCUGCUUUUCCUUUUUCUUACAAGUAUCGCAGAAUGCUGUAGUACACCGUACUCUCUGCUGGGUCUGGUUUUCACAGUUUCUUUCAUUGCGCUGGGCGUUCUUACACUGUGCAAGUUCUACCUGCAGGGCUACAGAGCCUUCAUGAAUGACAACACCAUGCACAGGGGGAUGACUGAAGGUAUCACCUUGCUAAUCCUUGCGGUCCAAACUGGCCUCAUUGAGCUGCAGGUCAUCCACAGAGCCUUCCUUCUCUCUAUCAUCCUCUUUAUUGUUGUUGCUUCCAUCCUGCAGUCCAUGCUGGAGAUAGCAGAUCCUAUAGUCCUAGCCCUGGGAGCAUCUAGAGACAAGAGUUUGUGGAAGCACUUCCGUGCAGUUUCUCUCUGUCUCUUCCUGCUGAUCUUUCCAGCGUACAUGGCUUAUAUGAUCUGCCAGUUCUUCCACAUGGACUUCUGGCUUCUCAUCAUCAUCUCCUCCUCAAUCCUCACCUCUCUCCAGGUCCUUGGCACUCUGUUGAUCUAUGUUCUCUUCAUGGUGGAGGAGUUUCGUAAAGCUCCAGUGGAGAACAUGGAUGAAGUCAUAUAUUGUGUAAAUGGGACCUACAGAUUGCUGGAGUUUCUGGUGUGUCACACACACAUACACCAACUCUUUGCUAAGUUGUGCCUUCUGACUGUAAACAGACACUGUCAUCUAAUGCAUCAGCACGGUCUCUGCCUCACUGUCAGUGAUUUGUUCCCUCGCCAGGUUGCGGUGUGCGUGGUGUGCUAUGGUGUAUCAGAGACUGUAUUUGGCGAGUGGAGUGUGAUGGGAAGCACCAUCAUCUUGGUCCACUCGUACUAUAAUGUCUGGCUCAGAGCCCAGCUGGGCUGGCAGAGCUUCCUGCUCAGGAGAGAUGCUGUAAACAAGAUAAAAAGCCUCCCCACAGCUAGCAAUACACAGCUGCAGCAGUAUAAUGACAUCUGUGCUAUCUGCUUCCAGGACAUGACCAGUGCUGUGAUCACUCCGUGCAGUCAUUUCUUCCACGCUGGCUGUCUGAAGAAAUGGCUGUAUGUCCAGGAAACGUGCCCUCUCUGUCAUUCACAACUCAAGAGCCAAUCACCAACUAAUGGCGGAGCUACCCAAGAUACACCUGCAGCCAAUCAGAACCCUGCAGGACAGGAAGAAGCCCCAGGCAACAAGCAGGAGGAGGACCACAGCACUCUACCGGAUGAUAGGAAAGAGGAAGCGUCAGUAGAGCAGGAGGGAGAUAAUGAAACUACCACAUCAGCUGGGGAAGCCUCCUCUUCCACCUCCCCCACUGGCAUGCAGUCUGCUCACAUCGUCAACCCUCCAUUAUCAUCUUCGUCUUGUUCUUCUUCUCCUCUUGCAACUGAUUCUGUGCCGCACCAGUCCCCUGCAGAUCACCCUUCUGCAUCUUCUUUCUCUACCUCUUGCACAUCAGACACACCUGACGCUCCUGCAUCUCUCUGCCAUUCUGUCUCCACCUUUCACCAACCAACGUCACAGGUACUGACCCAAGCAGAGGCGAACCCUGCUGAACCCGAAUCCCUCCCUCAGCUAAAAUCAGUCUCCCUUGUGGACAGCCAGGAAAACUCUACUGGUCCAUCAUCACAAUCUAACCCACCAACUGCCCUUUCAGUGGAACCUCCUCCUCGUCCUCCACCCCCUCCUCCAUUCAACCCCUGAGCUCCAUUUUAACACACACACAACAUACAUGCAUGCAUGCAUAUAUAAUCACACAAUCUAAAUAGUCCCCUAUUGUACUUGUCCAACUGUUUGCUGUUGGCUCUCCCAUCAUGUCCAACUCCUUCAUAUCCAUAUUAUGUUUCAAAAGAUCUAAAACAAUCUCUAAGCAGAAAUUCAUCACUCGGUAUUAAAAAAAAAAAAAAGAGACGACAAUGAUUGCAGCUUUAUAAAAUGUUAGUACUUGGAGCAGUGAAAGGUUUCCCAUGAUAGGUGUAACCCAUGCCAGCAGUGAUAUCAUCACAGGUGCAGUUGUUUUCCACAUGUUCUUUCACAGGGAUUCAAAUUUAAUACAAAAAACAGGAUGCAGUAAUCUCAUCUCAGAAUGAAUUGGGAGUUUUACACCAUGUCCAGAAAAUGUGAAAAUCUGAUUUCCAUCACGGCCUUUUUCUUUUUUUCCCUCUACAAUCAUGCUUUUACCCCUUACCUUUUGAUGCCCGACAUUUAGGGCGAUGGUUGCUCCUGCCUUUGUUUGUACAGCUUGAACUUUCACUGCUGUACAUUUCAUAGUGUUUGGGUGCCACGAUUUAUCGAAAAAUUGAUCAGACUAUCGAUUACUGAUGGUUGCAUUUUAUACCGUGACAAAGUCUUAACAUUUCAUAACGUCUAGAAAUUCUCCACAUUUUUUGUUUUUCACUGCUGGGUGUCAGUAGUGUUGUGAUUUAGUGAAUACUGAGCGUUAGCAGACUGAAUGUUGUUUAUUGAGGUCGCCGCAUGACCUAAAGCCUGGUGCUAAGCAGAGGACACAUGGUAUGGUCUAGCUGAGGGGUGCAGUGUGAACUUUUGGUUCACAUUGAAUAACUUACAUGUGUCAAGCUUUUGCUUUUAUACUACUUCAAUAUCUGAUUCAGACUUGUUUGGCUGGUCCCAGCAAAAAAACAGUUCUAUUCCUCAUCGCCAAACUUUUGUAUUACUGUUAAAGCAACUUUAUUUUUAAGGUCAUUUUUACAUUUCUGCUUUAUUGGAUACCACACGCUGCAAAUGGACUAAGGGGAAGAUGGAGAGACGAGGUAUAAAUUAGUCCACAGAGUUGAUAAGGAGCUCGGAUUUUGCCCUCAUUAGCUCUAUUUUAUGGUUCUCACUCGCGCUUACCGUUGCAAGCUUAACUCACUAACAGAUCAACCUAUCAUUCACAUUGUUGAUCGCUGAUGGCAGGAGCCAAUCGGCUCCUUUCAUCCAGUUACAUUAGAGACCCUGUAUUUUCUAAGACAUUAGGGUUUUCCUGCUCGUCAGUCAGUUUACUCCAUAAAUUGUUGAUACCAGCAAAUUGAGCCAUAGCUUCUUUUUUUCUUCUUUUUUUCACAAAAACACACUCUUUCUUUUGGCUACUGCAUUUAGCAGAUGAAGCACGGCGAGGAAGAAAUAUGCUUUGAAAUGAGUGUGAAAGACUGAAAACUUGAGGAUGGCAAGUCCUGAUGCACGCUUAUAUGUAGACCUUGCUGCCACUCUGACCACAGAAUUUGUUUGUCCCCAAUGUGCUAUAACCUUGCUACCAAGUUUUUUUUUUCUACCUUUUUUUUCUUUUGGGGUUAUAUUUGCACUAAUGUCAUUUUUUACUAGCAAUGCUCCAAAGCUGUUCUGUGGAUGUCGGCAACCAAAUACCCUCUGAUGUCUGUGUACGAGGAAACGGCCCAAUCUGUUUGUGUGUAAUGUACAUAAAUGUUGCUCUGUGCGGAAUCUAUAUUAAACCAGAGGAGUGUUGAUAAAUAUAUAUAUACUUACAUAUAUAUAUAUAUAAGUAAGACGAGGGCUUGGUUUCUCCAAAGUUUCCUUUCUUUGUUUCUUCACGUGCCUGAGAGCAAAGAGAAUUUUUGGAUAAGAAGCUGCUGGGAAAUCAAGCCUUUGAUCUUUGAGACCAGUCAGUGUUGCUGCUUCUCCAGUCUAUAUGAUGCAUCUUUUAAGCUGGUGUGAUCACUCUGGUGCCCUCUACUGUUAGGAGUGGGAUCAGCAUGGUGCAGACGGACAGGAGACGCAUUAAUUAGCGCUCAGCAGUAUUACUUACUAGCACUAUUAUUAAAGGUCUUAUUAGUAUGAAUGACCAUAUUCUUGACAUUAGGAAGCGUGGACUGCAGGGUUGAGAAUGAAUACACGAUCAGUGUAGGAUCAAACCUGACCAACGCUGUUUUGACUUUUUGUGUUUAUUUUUUUAAAGAGAUGAAAUGUAGAGUUUGAUGUAUUUUGCACAUGUUCUUCUGAAAGGUGAACCUAAGGACUUUUCUGUACACAACUUAUUUUAUUACCAACACCAUUCCUUCAACGUUGAUUUUUUUUUAACUUAAAUACAGCACUUGAAAAGGUUUUAAUGAAUUGAGCUGUUUAAAACACACACUUGGUUUUUGCCAUGACGCAUUUCCACUGCGUCCUGCAUUGAGAUCACCUGUAAGAUGAAAUGUGACGUGACGCCCCACGAGGGCGAUAACAGUCAGUGGCAGCUGUAUGUGAAUUUUGCAUUUCAGUAUUAAAUGAUGAAUAUGAGAUGCUUGUCAGCUGUUGAUUCCUCAAGUAUUUGCUCGGUUAUUACUCCACGUUGGAGAAGUUGCAGUUUCUCUCUUCAGGCUACGAACUGUGGCUUCAUUUUUUCAUACUGUCUGGCACAGUUUGACAUCAGAUUAUUAGCACGUAAUAAGCACAGUGUUGUGCUCAAUAUUCAUCUGAUUAAUAUAAAGUACAUGCAGACAGUGAAGCUUUAAAAAAAAAAAAUGCAAUCUUUAACGCAUUAUUUACAUCCUGUGAUUUGUUUUUCUUUCUACAUUUUUUUCUGAAUUGACUUAAAAUACGCAUCAGUGACUGUGGUAAUGUGCCAACAAAUGUCUUAGCCAUCACUGGUGCUCCUCACACUGAGCAGGAUUCAUUUUACAGUUAAGCUCCUCUAAGGGGCCGUAAUGCCUUUUGAGAUUGUAAAGUCACACAUACAUACAAGUACAAUAAGUUAACCUGAAUAUCUCUUUUUUUUUUUUCUUUUUUUUUUUAAUCUUUAUUUUUUUAGUUGCUCCUAAUUGGCUUGCUCUACAAUCAUAAUUUCAGGAUGUAUUUUGUCUACUUAACUAGUACUGCUGUUAGACUUUCAUAUUUGAUGAUCUUUACUGAAUGUGACUAAAAUCCCAGAGAGAGAAAACUAUUUUUGACCAGUGUGACAGCAAAGUUAGCCUUGCAUCUGAUAUCCAGAUGUUUCAUUGUUUCCACUUUUCACAAUUCUUUGUAAAAAUCAUAAUUUUUCGAGUGUGAGCAAAUACAGAAAUGGAAUCUAUAGCUGCCACGGAGUGAGAGCUCUGUAAAGACGUUUUACUGUAUUUGCCGAAUGCGUUCUUAAAUCUGCUCUUCGAUACUGUUGCCUCUGACUGACAGAUGUGUAGAGAUGAAUUGUACUUGUGGGGCUGCUCUCCCUGACACUCCCUGCAGAUUCUUGUUUAAGAUGAAUUGUUUUUGUCCAUUGAGUUUAUCCAAAAACAGCUUUAGGACCUGCUCUGUUUAAUGUGGCUCUCAGUGCCAUUUCUUUUCUGUUAAAAUGCUUCAUGUUGGUUUUUGGACUUUAUGCCUGGCAUUGCCUUGGUUAUUUUACAAAAACUGAAUGUCAAAUAAAAUGAACCAUCCACUCUGAA